AUGCCCUCAACUGAAAGGCUCUCAACUGAAAUGCCCUCAACUGAAAGGCAGUCAACUGAAAGGCCCUCAACUGAAAGGCCCUCAACUGAAAGGCCCUCAACUGAAAGGCCCUCAACUGAAAGGCCCUCAACUGAUAAAACCCAGUUUACCAGUGAAACUGAAAAGACCACUAAACUACCAGCAGAUGAUACUUCAACAUCAGAAUUUGUAAUCGGAGAUGAAGUAACCACAGCUUCUAUUGAAGAUGUUUCAACACCUUCUAUCCCUGAAGAUCCAACGACACCUUCUGUCCCUGUAGUUCCAACGACUCCUCCAGCCCCUGAAGAUCCAACAAGUCUUACCGCCGCUGAAACUACAGAGGGUAACAAAGUAGAGGAUCCUACCACCCCCGGUUUUAGGAUCCCCACUUCAUCCUCCCUGUCAUCAACCCCCACAGCCGCUCUAAACCCAGAUGACUUGAAGGAAACCAAAACGUUUGAUUUCUCCUUGAAGGCAGAGGUAACCUCGACCCCAGGAGUUUCAACCAGUAAAACGGAGUUUCACAGUUCAGAGUUCCUCAUAGCUGGCUGGAGUGGGUGGACAGAGUGUUCUGUGCUCUGUGGAGGAGGAGUGCAGGAGCGUACCAAGGCGUGUAUAGGACGGUUCUGCAACGAUAACACUCUGUUACGAGAGGAGAGGAUAUGUAACACCCGACCAUGCCCUGAUGCAGACUGUCCUGGUGAAAAUAUGUUCAGAUGUGGUGACGCCACAGCCAGGUGUAUAAGUCACGAGUUUGUUUGCGACGGUUACGUGGAUUGCUUUGAUCUGUCAGAUGAGCUGGGGUGUAUCUCUAGAAACGACAUUUCUGUCUACCCGCAACUGCAGGUAACAAAGGAAGAAUCCUCGGCCUCCUUCUCAGUAAUCUUUACGACGAUACGAAAGAGCGUGUCUCGCAGAUAUUGUGGAGUGUCCAUGAGGAUGCAGGUAACAUUUAACGACGGAACAGUAAAUAACGGUAGAGCGCGUCUAGAAGUGGUAGAAGCGGGCGAGUCAGCGAACGAAGUAACUUUCCACUACUCUGAUAGCGACCCCACCCCUACCCCGCACGGAGACCUCACAACUGGCCCGAUAUCUACGGAGGAGACAAGUAGUGGGCGAGUUAGUGAGAGUGUGCACGCUACCAGCCCGCCCUCAGAGAAUUCUAGUGUGUUCUUCGCUGACGGAGACGCUGAUGGUACCGGGUCUGACUUGUGUGACAUAUCCUGUGAGGAGGGAGCUACCCCGGACUCCGAGUGUACGCGCUGCAUUUGUGGAGAUCACGUGCUCUUUAUCUACAUCACCUCCAAACAACAGGAUAAGAUACAGGGAGCCACAGUGUACGUGUCCCCUCACGGAGAGAGUAUAAUAGGGGAGAGUAACAGUGACGGCUGGGUCAUGUUAGUGGGACUCUGCCAGAACCAGGGUGAUCUUAUCAUUCACAAAAACGGCUACGAAGACUACUUCAUGUACGGAGACAGAUCAGCCCCCCAACCUGGGUACUCAGCUGUCAUGGUAACGUUACAAGAGAAACAAACCUACGUAACAGCUCCCAACUCUCCUGCUAAUCUUUACAGAGGAGUCUUCCAGGUGUCCAACAUGGAGUACAGCGAGGAUCUAGAUUCUCCUUACAAUCUGGAGUACCAGGCCCUACAUCAACUCUACAUGAAGCAGCUACACAAGCUUUACCAAGGUUACAUGGUUAAAGUGAGAGAUGUUUACUUCCUUGAUCCGAAGGAUACAAAGGAUACAAAGGAUACAAGUGAAGAAGGGCUGAUAGUACAGUUCCAGCUGGUAGUGAUCCCGGGAGAGUCAGCAGAUUCUCUAGAACAGGUGCUUCAGGAUAUGGUGUCCUCUGGGAAACUAGGAGAUACUAUAUUGGUCGUCAACUAUUUCUACAAGUUCUUCAAGGUUCCGGAAGAGUCUGUGAUUUCUACGGAGGCUGUUCCAACUGAAACCUCAAUUUCUGAAAAUUGUGAAAAUAAGUGGGGUAAUGAUAACUGUGUUUGGUUUGCUGAGCGCUACUUCGCCAAGUUCAUCAGCUGGUGUAAAGACAGAGCUGUCUCUGACUCAAAGUGUCAGAAAUUAUGUAACAACUGUCACAAGGAAGCUGAUGUUGUUAACGCAGAAAGCUCAACUACCGCGAGCAUAACAGAAAAAGAGUCAACCGCGUUCGCCUCCCAACUGGAUCUAGGCUCACCCGAACCAACCUCCAACGGCGACUCCAGCUGGGAUAUAGCCAGCUCAGUUAUUAAUGAUGUGGAGGGUGGAGAUGUAACCAGUGAGCAAGGUUACUACACCUUCACCACAAGUCAGGAAACAACAGAAGAAACAACAGAAGAAACAACAGAAGAAACAACAGAAGAAACAACAGAAGAAACAACAGAAGAAACAACAGAAGAAACAACAGAAGAAACAACAGAAGAAACAACAGAAGAAACAACAGAAGAAACAACAGAAGAAACAACAGAAGAAACAACAGAAGAGGAUGAAGUAACUAGUCCUCCCAGCACUACUGUGCCGGUUAAGAGUGUGAUUGGAGAAAACCCAACUCUUACAACUGAAGAGAUAGUGUAUGAAACGAUAACCUCUGAUAAAUCAGAUCCAGGAACUGGCAGCACAACUGAACUUUGUGGGUGUGACGGAUCCGGCGUCGUCACCUUACCUCCUGCUUCUGAAACUCCUGAUGACACCCCUGCUUCUCCUCGAGCAACAGCGGAUGUUAGCACAACAGAUGCCACCACUCCUCAAUCAACAGAGGAUAUUGGCACAACAGAUGCCACCACUCCUCGAGCAACAGAGGAUGUUAGUAGAGAAUAUGACACUUCUCCUUGGCUAACAGAAGAUAUUAGCACAAGAGAUGCCAUCACUCCUAGAUCAACAGAAGAUAUUAGUACAAGAGAUGUCACCACUCCUCGGCCAUCAGAAGAUAUUAGCACAGAAGAUGCCACAACUCCUCGAGCAACAGAGGAUGUUAGCACAGAAGAUGCCACCACACCUCGAGCAACAGAGGAUGUUAGCACAGAAGAUUCCACUACACCUCGAGCAACAGGGGAUGUUAACACAGAAGAUGCCACUACACCUCGAGCAACAGGGGAUGUUAGCACAAGAGAUGCCACCACUCCUAGGUCAACAGAAGAUGUUAGCACAAAAGAUACCACCACUCCUAGGCCAACAGAGGAUGUUAGCACAGAAGAUGCCACAACUCCUCGAGCAACAGAGGAUGUUAGCACAGAAGAUGCCACCACACCUCGAGCAACAGAAGAUGUUAGCACAGAAGAUUCCACCACUCCUCGAUCAACAGAGGAUGUUAGCACAACAGAUGCCACCAUUCCCCGAUCAACAGAGGAUGUUAGCACAGAAGAUGCCACCACUCCUAGGCCAACAGACGAUGUUAGCACAGAAGAUGCCACCACUCCUAGGCCAACAGACGAUGUUAGCACAGAAGAUGCCACCACACCUCGAUCAACAGAGGAUGUUAGCACAAGAGAUGUCACCACUCCUCGGCAAACAGAGGAUGUUAGCACAGACGAUGCCAGCACUCCUCGAGCAACAGAUGAUGUUAGCACAAAAGAUGCCACCACACCUCGAGCAACAGAGGAUGUUAGCACAAGAGAUGCCACCACUCCUAGGUCAACAGACGAUGUUAGCACAGAAGAUGCCACCACUCCUAGGCCAACAGACGAUGUUAGCACAGAAGAUGCCACCACACCUCGAUCAACAGAGGAUGUUAGCACAAGAGAUGUCACCACUCCUCGGCAAACAGAGGAUGUUAGCACAGACGAUGCCAGCACUCCUCGAGCAACAGAUGAUGUCAGCACAGAAGAUGCCACCACACCUCUAGCAACAGAGGAUGUUAGCACAGAGGAUGCCACUACUCCUAGGCCAACAGAGGAUGUUACCACGGAAGAUGCCACCACUCCUAUGCCAACAGAGGAUGUUACAACAGAAGAUGCUACCACUCCUCGAGCAACAGAGGAUGUGAGCACAGAAGAUGCCACCACACCUCGAGCAACAGAGGAUGUUAGCACUCCUAGGCCAACAGAGGAUGUUAGCACUCCUAGGCCAGCAGAGGAUGUUAGCACAGAAGUUGCCACCACUCCUAGGCCAACAGAGGAUGUUAGCACAAAAGAUUCCACCACUCCUCGAGCAACAGAGGAUGUGAGCACAGAAGAUGCAACCACACCUCGAGCAACAGAGGAUGUUAGCACUCCUAGGCCUGCAGAGGAUGUUAGCACAGAAGUUGCCACCACUCCUAGGCCAACAGAGGAUGUUAGCACAAAAGAUUCCACCACUCCUCGAGCAACAGAGGAUGUGAGCACAGAAGAUGCAACCACACCUCGAGCAACAGAGGAUGUUAGCACAGAGGAUGCCACCACUCCUAGGCCAACAGAGGAUGUUAGCACAGAAGAUGCCACCACACCUCGAGCAACAGAGGAUGUUAGCACAAAAGAUACCACCACUUCUCGGCAAACAGAGGAUGUUAUCACAAGAGAUACCACCACUUUUCGAUCAAUAGAGGAUGUAAGUACAGAACGACGGGGCACUAGUGUCAUUAAAACCACAUCGGUAACACCACAAUUCCCAAGCACAGAAAAGAACAAAAUGCUCUCCAGUCCCGCGAGUGUGUCUCUUGACAACUUAGAGGAACAAAAAGUAACUGAACGUGUUACUGUUACUGCACCAGUUUCAGUACCCUCCUCAACUGGUCGAUCUACUCGAUACAUUCCGACUGAACUAUGGUCAACACAAGGGAUAACGUUGUCUACUGAAGAAUCUUCAUCACAUGGGGAAACACUAUAUCCCCGAACUAUUAUCCCAUCCACUCCUAGCCCAACAAAGGAUGUAAGCACAGAAGAUGCCACCACACCUCGAGCAACAGAGGAUGUAAGCACAGAGGAUGCCACCACUCCUCGAGCAACAGAGGAUGUGAGCACAGAAGAUGCCAUCACAUCUCGAGCAACAGAGGAUGUUAGCACUCCUAGGCCAACAGAGGAUGUGAGCACUCCUAGGCCAACAGAGGAUGUUAGCACUCCUAGGCCAACAGAAGAUGCUAGCACAGAAGAUGCCACCACUCCUAGGCCAACAAAGGAUGUUAGCACAGAAGAUGCCACCACUCCUCGAGCAACAGAGGAUGUGAGCACAGACGAUGCCACCACUCCUAGGCCAACAGAGGAUGUUAGCACAGAAGAUGCCACAACUCCUAGGCCAACAGAGGAUGUUAGCACAGAAGAUGCCACCACUCCUAGGCCAACAGAGGAUGUUACCACAGAAGAUGCCACCACUCCUAGGCCAACAGAGGAUGUUACCACAAAAGAUGCCACCACACCUCGAGCAGCAGAGGAUGUUAGCACAGAGGAUGCCACCACUCCUAGGCCAACAGAGGAUGUUAGCACAGAAGAUGCCACAACUCCUCGAGCAACAGAAGAUGUUAGCACAGAGGAUGCCACCACUCCUAGGCCAACAGAGGAUGUUAGCACAGAAGAUGCCACCACUCCUCGAGCAACAGAGGAUGUGAGCACAGAAGAUGCCACCACACCUCGAGCAACAGAGGAUGUUAGCACUCCUAGGCCAACAGAGGAUGUUAGCACAGAAUAUGCCACCACUCCUAGGCCAACAGAGGAUAUUAGCACAGAAGAUGCCACCACUCCACGAGCAACAGAGGAUGUGAGCACAGAAGAUGCCAUCACAUCUCGAGCAACAGAGGAUGUUAGCACUUCUAGGCCAACAGAGGAUGUGAGCACUCCUAGGCCAACAGAGGAUGUUAGCACUCCUAGGCCAACAGAAGAUGUUAGCACAGAAGAUGCCACCACUCCUAGGCCAACAAAGGAUGUUAGCACAGAAGAUGCCACCACUCCUCGAGCAACAGAGGAUGUGAGCACAGAGGAUGCCACCACUCCUAGGCCAACAGAGGAUGUUAGCACAGAAGAUGCCACCACUCCUAGGCCAACAGAGGAUGUCACCACAGAAGAUGCCACCACUCCUAGGCCAACAGAGGAUGUCACCACAGAAGAUGCCACCACUCCUAGGCCAACAGAGAAUGUUACCACAAAAGAUGCCACCACACCUCGAGCAACAGAGGAUGUUACCACAGAAGAUGCCACCACUCCUAGGCCAACAGAGGAUAUUACCACAGAAGAUGCCACCACACCUAGGCCAACAGAGGAUGUUACCACAGGAGAUGCCACCACUCCUAGGUCAACAGAGGAUGUUACCACAGAAGAUGCCACCACUCCUAGGCCAACAGAGGAUAUUAGCACAGAAGAUGCCACAACUCCUAGGCCAACAGAGGAUGUUACCACAGAAGAUGUCACUACACCUCGAGCAACAGAGGAUGUUACCACAAAUGAUGCCACCACUCCUAGGCCAACAGAGGAUGUUACCACAGAAGAUGCCACUACUCCUAGGCCAACAGAGGAUGUUACCACAGAAGAUGCCACCACACCUCGAGCAACAGAGGAUGUUACCACAGAAGAUGCCACCACUCCUAGGCCAACAGAGGAUAUUACCACAGAAGAUGCCACUACUCCUAGGCCGACAGAAGAUGUUACCACAGAAGAUUCCACCACUCCUCGAGGAACAGAGGAUGUGAGCACAGAAGAUGCCACCACACCUCGAGCAACAGAGGAUGUUAGCACUCCUAGGCCAACAGAGGAUGUUAGCACUCCUAGGCCAACUGAGGAUGUUAGCACAGAAGAUGCCACCACUCCUAGGCCAACAAAGGAUGUUACCACAGAAGAUGCCACCACUCCUCGAGCAACAGAGGAUGUUACCACAGAAGAUGCCACCACUCCUAGGCCAACAGAGGAUGUUACCACAGAAGAUGCCACCACUCCUAGGCCAACAGAGGAUGUUACCACAGAAGAUGCCACCACUCCUAGGCCAACAGAGGAUGUCACCACAGAAGAUGGCACCACUCCUAGGUCAACAGAGGAUGUUACCACAGAAGAUGCCACCACUCAUAGGCCAACAGAGGAUGUUACCACAGAAGAUGCCGCUACACCUCGAGCAACAGAGGAUGUUACCACAGAAGAUGCCACCACUCCUAGCCCAACAGAGGAUGUUACCACAGAAGAUGCCACUACUCCUAGGCCAACAGAGGAUGUUAGCACAGAAGAUGCCACAACUCCUAGGCCAACAGAGGAUGUUAGCACAGAAGAUGCCACCACACAUCGAGCAACAGAGGAUGUUAGCACAGAAGAUACCACCACUCCUCGAGCAACAGAGGAUGUUAGCACAGAAGAUUCCACCACUCCUCGAGAAACAGAGGAUGUGAGCACAGAAGAUGCCACCACACCUCGAACAACAGAGGAUGUUAGCACAGAGGAUGCCACCACGCCUCGGCCAACAGAGGAUGCCAGCACAGCGGACGCCACCACUCCUCAGCCAACAGAAGAUGAUAGCACAACAGUUCUUCCUACAAAAGAUAUCACUGUAGUAACGGGGCGUGUAACUACAACAACUAUAGUCCCAGCUACAACUGGAGAGAUCACAGAUUAUGUCUCUACUGCUCCGACAGGUGGAAGUUUGGAACCGGAGUGUAAGGAUCAGAACGCGUAUUGUUCAGCGUGGGCAGAGCGCGGGUACUGUUCUAACCAGUACCUCAUUUACAACUGUCAUCUCUCCUGUAACCUCUGUCCUAAAGUGAGUAGAAAGCUUGUGACAACACCAAAACCAGAAGAACCAAUCACAGAGAAGAUAACAGCACGUGAUUUAACAGAAAGAGAAUCUCUUACUUACACUUACAGUACACCAAAUCCCUCGUCCACUGGUGCACGUGAUGCCUCGUGCAAUCUAAGGUGUGAAAAGGGAAUGAUCCCGGACUCCCAAUGUGAGAUUUGUACUUGUGUUGUUAAAGAAUACUCGUUUAAAGUAACGGACUACAGCCAGAACCCUCUCUCUCACACAGACGUGUUUGUGUCGGAGGACAACACAAAAGUAAAGGUUGGUACAACAGACGAAGAGGGUCACAUAACUGCCCAGCUAAAAGAGAUGUGUCAGAAUGAUCUUGUUUUUGAGAACAGACCUGUUUACAAGAUGAUAGAGCGGAGAAUGAAGCCUAGGAAGUCCGACUCUAAGACUGUUUACAACAUUUACAUGUCUCUUGAUGGAAACACCAAGUGCCCGGCUUCUACAGACUACUCCAAGUGUGAUUCUACCCCCUCACAUUCCUGUGAAUCUGACUACGAUUGUGGAGACGUCAGAGGAAAGUGCUGUCUUGCUGACUGCAAAUACUCUUGUGUAUCCCCAGAAAAUCUGGUGUUCGGAAGUUAAUACAUAACACAACUGCUUGAGAAAUGAGAGGCACAAGAAAACAAAAGGACCCUCGACUUAAUAUAAGUCUGUUCAUCAACCGUUUAAACAGGUGUUACGCGUUACACAUCACGCGUUACACAAUACGUACACAUCAUCUGUCAGAUAAUUGAGGUGCGCCGGGGUGGACAGACCUAUAUGUUUUUUAUCGAAGGAUUGAGAAUAGCUUAACCAUUAGGAAUUUACUUUUUCACAUUUUAAUAAUGAAUAAACAAACUGAUGAUUUGUACCAA